GUGACACUAUAAAUUGGCACCAACUAAAGCUUUAAAAAUAAAAACGAAGAAAUAAAUAGGUGAUUUUAAAAGAAAUAAUUAUUUAAAAUGUCGAAAAUUGAACAUGAUUUAGCUCUGUCAAGCUCCAUAAUGCAGGCUAUACAGGAGCUUAUCAAACCACCAGAUGAAGAACCAAAAGUAAAUAUUAAAGCAAUAACAAAACAUCCUUAUUACAAACGUCAAGGUCGAGUACAUAAUCAUGACUCUUGUGAUGCCUGCGAUGAAGGUGGAGAUUUGAUUUGUUGCGAUAAAUGUCCUUCUAGUUUCCAUUUACAGUGCCAUGAUCCACCAUUAACAGAAGAAGACAUACCAAAUGGUCAAUGGUUAUGUCACAAUUGUCGCAUGACGUUAAAAGUAAAUUCAACGUCAACAUCAAAAGCUAACUCGGUUGAUCGUACUUUAACAGCAAAAGUUGACUCAGAUAACUCUCGGCCAAAUACUCCUAAUGCAUUACAUGAGCAACAAGAAAUAAUGUCUUCUGUUCCAAACAAAUUGCGUAAUUUAAGGAAACGUAGUAGUAGUCAUAUUUCAUUUUGUAGUGAUACUAGCGCACCCACAGAUAAAAUUUUAGCACAUAAAUUAGCUUUAACAAAAAAUUUUGAUUCAAAUAAAAAGCCAAACCCUUUAGACGAGCUUAUAAAUGCUGCCAUGAUAAUGAAUCCAAGGCAAUUUGGUUUACCAAAAGAGAUGGAAGUUCACUAUCAGUUUCCAGGAUCAGAUAAAGUUGAGCCAAUAAGGAAUGGAUCAAAAAAACCGUAUAGAAGAAAUUCUAAACCAUAUGAAUUGGAUUCUCAAGGACUAGUACCUUUACCUGCUAAAACGUGCUUUUAUUGCAGAAAAUCUUGCAGGAAAGCACCUUUAGUUGCAUGUGACUAUUGUCCUUUGCUGUUUCAUUUGGACUGUUUGGAUCCACCUUUAACAGCAUUACCUACAGGUUUAUGGAUGUGUCCAAACCAUCCAGAAAAUUUUAUAGAUUGGAAACUUCUAAAUAGCAUAUCAACUACAGAACGAAUAAAAUUGUGGAAUAAAUAUUCUGGGCCAGUAGAUCAUGAAACUGUUAAAACUGAAUUUUUUCGGCGUGUUCAUUCAAAAAAUCCUCCUUUUCGAUUCAAAUUGGCUCCAAAACCAAGAGACAGAGUCGAGGUUCCACCAAUGGUGCAAUAUUACUAUGAUAACCCACCUCCUAUGCUACCAUCACUGCGAGAUGCCUUUCGCUAUGAAAUGAUUAACAAACGCUAUAACGGUUUCCCCGAGCAAACAAAACCAACAAAUGAAGAAUUGAAAUCAGUUGUAGAAGAAAAUUUGUCAGAAAUUAAAAAUGCAAAUGAAAAACUAAGAGAAAUUCGUCGUGAAUUGGGUGAAUCUGAUAUUAGUGAGGAUGAAGACGAAAGUGAUUCUAGGAAAGAGUUCGGGAAAGAAGAAUCUGAAAGUGCUGCAAUAACUGGUUCUGAAAAAAAUGAUACGGCAGAGAAGAUUGAUAAUCAUAAAAAGAUUAGUAAACGGAAAGGAAAACGUGGUAUAGAAAAUGAGCUUUUCAAAAAACAACAAGAAAGAUUAAUGAAACGAGCAGCAUCCCUUGAAGGAAAAUUGACAGGAAAUAAUGGUUUUAAAGAUGAUGACGAUGACGAUGAAAAUGAUACUAAUGAUGAAGAAAAUCAAAACUUAGAUCCAUAUAUUGAUGCUGAAUUAAAAUAUUUAGAUGUUGAUUUAAUUAAGUUAUUAGCGUUUCAACGACUGCAGCAAAUAAUUGCUGAAAAUCCAGACAUAGUAGUUCAAUAUAGAAAUAGGACUGCUGCAAAACGUAUUCGAGAAAUACUCAAUAGCCAAGCUGCUGUAACCGGAAACAAUAAUAAAAAAACAUUACUACCAAGCCAAUUGUUAUCACAUGACGAUAUUGAAAGAAUAUCAAAAAUGUUUACUGACGAACAGAAUAAUAAAGCAAUAGAAUUAGGAACAACAUUAAUAAAAAAUAAUUUUACAACGAAUAAUAAUAAUAUUAUAAAUAAUAAUAAACAUAAUAUUAAUAAUAAUAUUAAUAAUGAUCAUACAACUAUUUUAAAUGACUUUUGUAAUAAUAAUAGUUCAGAAAAAUUAUCAUUUAAUAACAUUUCAGAAGAAUUAUUAUUAAAUCCAAAAUCGAAUAGGACAGAUAAUGAAAAAGCUGAAGAAAUUGCAAUACGCUUAGAACCAUCAAUUAGAAAAAUAUAUAUAAAAUCUAGAGCUGUUUUAACACCAUUAUAUGAUUUAUUAGAGGGUAAUAAAUGGUUUACAAAUAUCUCUGUUAAAAAUUCAAUUGAAAUGAAAUAUCGUACCUUAAAUAUUGGUUGUGGUGAUGAUACAACUGAUUUAUGUUUGAGUAAAUAUGGUAAAUGUAAACAUAUAUCCUCAAAACAUGCAACAAUUUUUUAUGAUGAAUAUUCUAAAACAUUUGAAUUAUUAAAUUAUUCAGAAUAUGGUACAGAAGUUAAUGGACAAUUGUAUAUAUGCAGUAUAGUUGAUAAAGAUGAACGUUAUUUAGUUAAUACAAGUAAUAAAAUGAAUAAAGAAGAAACAAAACAAAUGAAACAAAAAAUAAAAGAAAUUCUAGAUAAAAGAAGAAAUAAUGAUAAUAUAAAUAAUAAAACAACAUUAAUUCCUUCAACAUCAAAUCAAAUUAAAACAUAUUGCAAUGAUAUUAGAAUUGAAACUCCUAAAAAACCGGAAUGUCGAUGUAGUUCGCGUCUUCCAGCCAUUCCAGGAUGGGAGGAUACUGUAGUUCUUCAACAUGGAAAUUUGAUACGUUUUGGUUGUUUAUCGUUUGUUUUUUCAAUAACAAAUUAUGUUCGAGAUGAAGAUGACUGUUACUCUAAUUGAUAGUAGUUUAUUAUUAUAAUUAUUGAAUAUUAUUAAUUAUUAUAUUGAAAUUUGAAAAAAAAAAAAUAAUAAGGAAAAGAAAAUCUAAAAAGGAAAAAAGUAACAAAAUUUUAAAUUU